AAUAAAAUCGUUUUAUUUAGUUAAGGUUUAAAAACGUGUUUUUGAUUCUAUUGAUAAUACUGUUUUUUAUUUGUAAUGUAAGGACUUCGAACUUCGUUUUCAGGUUCCCUUAGUGUUUUGGGUAUACGCGUAACAUAGUACUAGUAACGAAGCUGGGCAUUGUUUUCAAAGUAGAAAAAUUUAAGUGAGAGUUAACAGUUUAAGCUUUAAAAUCUUUUUACACAACCAUAAAUGUGGACAAAAAUACAGUCAUUGUAGCUACGUAUUGUGACUGGUGAAAUCCACACUAGAAGAUUUCUGUUAUUCUGUGGAAAGGAGAGCUGUAAGUGCGUCAUGACGGACUUCGUAAACAUUCAACGCACACCAAACCCUCCAACAUGUGGUGGGAUUUUUACACGCAAAACUGAAGCAAGACCAACAAGUGCCAGCCGCGAAACAUCAGACUCGCCUCGUUUAAGAGAAAACUCAAGAAUUACUUCUUCAAAUGCUAAAGAUAAUACACCUCGUUUAUUCAAGCAUACUAAAAAACAUAUAUCACUGGAUGAAAUAAAAAUAAAUUCCAACUUACCUCGAUCGCUAAGGCGCGAAAGAUACUCUCUCGUUAAAACAACGCACGUGGAUAAUAAAUUGAACCAAUCAGUGGACUUAACGGAUAUAUCAACUAGACUUGAUUUCUUAAACAACCUGUCAGACAAUAUCACAAAACCCAAACAUUGUAAGUCUGAAAAAGUUUCUUUAGACGAUAUUCCAAACACAAGUAGUAGUAUCCAAGUACUGCAAAAACAAGAAAUCCGAGAAAAUAAAAAUUACGCAAAAAAUAGAGAGAAUAGUUUAGCUGGCACACCCGGAAGAGAAAAGUUGUACCAUGUUAGCCAUGCUUCAAAUAACAACGAUCCAGACUACAGGAGGCUCGGGGAAGUUAACCACCCUUGUCAAGAUGUUUCAACCAAUCAAAUUGACGAUUUUAUUGAUUCUAUUUUCGACAUUAAUUGGAAAGCAGAAAACUCUGAAAAAUCGAGUCAAAUCAGUCACAAAAACGUAAUCAAUAGGGAAGGAGUAACUUAUAACUUAAAUAACAAUAUAGAUCAUAGUAAAACUUAUAGCCCUAAAAGUUGGCAUGAUGAACAUUUGACAUUUGAGGACGCUUUGCGCGAAACUCAAUCAAUUUCUUCAAGGUCUUCAUACACUACAGUGAGCUCGUUAACCAAAGAUCUCACAUCCCUAGAUGUGACCAGUAUUUCUAGCAUUGAGGACAGAGACAACAAAAUAGAAAUUGAACAAGCGAGGUUAAAGACGGUAUUGAGUAAUAUUGAUCCAAAAUAUUUGCUCGAUUACCUCAAACGCCAUGUUAAACAUGAUGAUCGGUCAUUUGUGUUAUAUCUAAGCAAAUUAUUACCGAGGACAAAGUUUACCGGCGAAACGACUCACUGUGUCAGAUGUCACAAGGAGUAUGAUGCUAUCUACGGAGACCAAAUCUGUGUUUUACCACACAAAGAGCACGAUGUUAUUUUAAUAUCAGAAGAUGACGUCACUGCCGUAUAUCAAUGUGAAAGUUGUUUUUCAGUCUUUAGCUUAAAAGGUAUAUUCCAAUACUCGAGAAAAACGGUAACACUCGAUCAAUGUGGCGCUUGUUUCAUUGGUAAGCACAGUUCAGAUGUAAAUGAAGUAAAAUACAGACCAGAAGGAGUUGCCCAAACUUGCGCUGACAAAGGAUGCAUUGUUUAUUUUGUAUGAGUUUGUAUAGUCUUUUUUAUGCAAUUACUUCAAUCGUAUAAUUUCCAAAAUAAAUAAGUCUGGCGUAUGGUUC